AUGGUCGGCUCUUGGAAUAAAAUGUCUGGUGCCUCAUCGCUUUGGUUGAUUUUAAUCGUGUUGGUCGGCACCAAAGUUGCUUUUGUUCGUAAUGAUGAGGUUGACUACAGCACGGAUCACCUCAAGGACAAGACUUGCGAAGAGAACAAUCCAGGUAAGACCUGUGUGGAAUUGGAACAGGACGACUUCGGAACGUACUUUGUCAGCAUGUUCCUCUUGGAUGAGAAUAAUCUGUGGACUGUGGCCUCAACGUUCAGUAAGCGAAAGUUUAGCCUUUGCUUGCCAUUUUUGUGCCGUUUUCUAAUGGAUUUGGUUUCAGGUGUCAACGGCAGUGCCUUCGAGUUGUUCGCGGAAGAUAAUGACUUCAACAGUAGGUUUACUGGUUGCUUUUCGUUUUCAGAGAGUAAGAUUAUUAUUAGCAGUAGCCAUGGCAAAUAUGCUGUAACAUGGCUAUAAGAAAACAUUUUAAUUUUUUAACUGUACCGUUUAUCAGGCCUAGAUAUGGUAUAUUAUUAUGGAUUUUACAUACCGCCCCAUGAAAACGAACCCUGGUUUUAUCAUGUUGAAAAGGUAGAAGGAAGAAAGCAUUAUCGAAUGUAUCAGGCGGACGGUGCAGUCACGUGGAGAUACGAAGUAUAUGAGGUAAGUAUUGCGCCAUUGUGCAUAUUUAUGAAUAUUGUGCAUACAGUCGUUGUCAAAAAACAGGCAACGUAUUUGUUUCAAACAUAAUUUUUUUAAAAAGAUGUUAGAAACGAAAAAAUUUUUGUGAUUUUAGAUUUUUCUUUCAUACAUCGAACGCACACACACUUUUAAAUUUGUUAAUAACGUUACAGUAAUCCUACCGUACCCCUAUUUUUUAUAAUAACUAUGUGCAUAAUUUUUUUUUCAUAGGUGGAUAAUAUACGUUUUGUAGAGCAUAAAAGGUUGUACAUAUUCUGUAAGUUUCAUUACUUAACCUCUUUUACUAAACGAGUAAUGAUUUUUUAAAAUUCUAAAAAACGGCCAUUUUUCAAGCGGAAUCGAACUUUUCUUGUUUUUCGAUCCUUUUUUCAAAUUUAAAAAAAUCGUAAUUCGUUAACUAAAUGAGAUGAAGUAAUCAAACUUACAGAAUAUGUACAACUUUUUAUGCUCUACAAAACGUAUUCCUUCAAUUUUCGAAAAAAAAUUUAGACGCAUAGUUGAAGAAUAGGGGUACGGUAGAAUUACUGUAACUUUUCAAAAUUAACAAAUUUAAAAAUGAUUCUUUGUGUGUUUGAUGCAUGAAAGAAAUCUAAAAUCACAAAAAAUGUCUUGCUUCUAACAUCAUUUUAAAAAAAGUUAAGCUUGAAACUAAUAAGUUGCCUAUUUUUUGACAAUGGCUGUAUCCUCUAUAACAAACUACUUUUUAACAAACUUUUCUAUAAUGGAUUUCUAUAUAACGUAUGUUUAUAUAACGAACAAAUAAAAGCACUGAGCAAUUUGUUAUAUAAGAGUUGUAUUGUAUUUUUUUUGAAACAGAUUACGGUCAAAAAAGACUUGGGUUUACAAGCGGAUUUUCUCAAUGUUUCUUUGCUAAUCAAAUGUUUCAAAAAUUGUUGUUUUUAAAUUUUAAAAAAUUAAUUGUUUGAGUAUGUUUAAGACGGGUACUGGCCCUACGGCCGGACAUUACCUAGGCGGUGCGUUGACCUACAAAGGCUACAUAAUUAUGACUCUGAGUUUUCGGAUAAAGGAAAUCGAAGAUUUCUACAAACCAGAUAAGGACGGUCGUAUUCCAAUGUAUGUUUAUAAAAUUAAUUUGUUUUUUUUCCCUUUUAGUUCUUACGAAUAAAAUAAAUGCAUUAAUCUCUUUUUACAGAAGAGAAUAUGUUGACGAAUUUAAACGUCAGGAGGAAGAAGAGUGGGCCGUGCUAGAGAAGUGUCGUCAAGUAAGAUUUUAACCAUGUGAUAAUUACAACGGUAGCGAUAAGAUUACAGUAGGGUUAUUUUUUGUGUUAUAUUAUGAUUACGAAGUGUUGGAUUGGUUACUUUUUUUGCUUUAGGAGCUGCAUUGGCAAUGUACGAUUGAUCCGGAUACUGGUGAAAUAACCCCAAUUGACUAUCUUCAAGCUGCUCAGUUUGGUAAUCUGACCAUCGAAGUUAGAGGUAUGAUUGCAAAAGGAGAUUAUCUUGGUGAACGAUACCGCAUACAUCAUGUGGACUAAGUAAGUUUUAAGAUGGAAACUAGAAUCGGCACAAAAUGUUGAGGGUAGGGUAUUGUAGGGUAGAGGGUACCUAGUAACCUUCAUAUUUUUCAUAACAUUUUUGUUUCAGCCAUGUGUUCUACUUUAAGAACGUUGAAGGUUGGAACUUCUUCAAAAAUCACAAGCCAACAUGGAAGAGAAUGUCGUACGGUGCGUACGCUAAAGAAAGGUGAAUUUUAAAUUUUUAAAUUUGUGUAAUUUCGGGUUUUAAAAUCUUUUGUGGCUCAACAUUUUGCUUAUGACUUGUUGUUUCUAGGCACUUGACUACGGCCAGUUUUGCACCAUACCCACGAGAAGGGGACAAAAUCUGGAAAAAGUUUGAGUAGUACCUGCCCACUACAACAACGACUACCACAACAACUACCACUACUACGUCAACGACUACUACGACCACCACCACUACCUCAACUACCACAACUACUACCACCACCAGUACCACGACCUCAACCACUACUACCUCAACCACCACCACCACCUCAACCAUCACCACCACCUCGCCAACAACCACCACCGAGGAAGAGGAAGUUACGGAACAAGUUGAGGAAGCCGAACAGGAAGAGGAGGAUGAACAACAACCAGAUGAUCCUACUGAAACUGUGGCUGAAAGUAGCACUACCGAGGCUGAAGAGAACGCUGGAAGUGGCAAAAGUGUAUGGAUCGUCUGGAUCAGUGGUUGGACUGGCUUUUGGCUGGUGA